AUUCAACCCCUCGGUAAACUCGAUUCCAUGUCCAUCUUCUCAUGGCCUCCUUAUAAUUUCUCAGCCCAUGAACCAUGCUCAAAGCUGAUAAUCCUGGCUCGACAACUUCUACAAUUCGUACCCGAAUUAUUCGCUUGAAUGACCUCCAGUAUCACAUCCUAGAAGCAGCUCCUGCUCCAUCGGCGACCCAACCGCAAAAGCUUCCCCUCGUCAUCCUUCUUCAUGGUUUCCCAGAGCUAUCUUACUCAUGGCGGAAGGUGCUCGCUCCACUCUCAGAAGCCGGAUUUCUUGUUGUCGCCCCGGACCAGCGCGGAUAUGGACGCACUCACAUCGUCGGCACUGAGUUUCAAGAUCCAGGGACCAAGCCCGUCGACCAACGAAUUCGUUACGAGGACGAUCUAGCACCCUUCCGUAUGAUAAACCUGGUUAAAGACAUAGUGUCCCUCGUAUACGCUCUCGAAUACGACUGCACAGCCGCAGUCGUCGGACACGAUUUUGGAUCGCUUGUGGCAGGAUAUUGUGCUCUUUUAAGGCCAGAUAUGUUUCGUUCUGUGGUCAUGAUGAGCGCACCAUUUCCCGGUGCACCAUUACUUCCCGGUACCCCGGGUUCUAACACAUCCGGGGGACCGCCCUCUUUGGGUGAUUUAGCGACACUGUUGCGUCAACAGCUAGCCGCCCUCGAUCCCCCUCGAAAACACUACACACACUAUUUCUCCACUCCCGAAGCUAACGACGACAUGAUGAAUCCUCCGGAAGGACUACACUUCUUUCUUCGGAACUACUUCUGCUCGAAGAGCGCAGACUGGGAAGGUAACCAACCGCAUCGCUUACCCUCACCAUCUGCGACUCAUCUAGCGACCCUGCCUCGAUAUUAUGUCAUGCUCUUGGAUGAAACGAUGCCCCAAGCAGUAGAAGGAUGUCUUCAAAAGCGAAACGAAAGUAAUCAUGGCGGGGACACUAACUUAGCCUGGUUACCUGAUGAGGAGCUGGCAGUUUACACCUCUGAGUUCGCGAGGACCGGUUUUCAGGGAGGACUCAAUUGGUAUCGUUGCUUAACGGAGGCAAAAUGGUCGCUGGACCUGCAGGUGUUCUCAGGUAAAAAGAUAAUAGUACCUACCAUGUUCAUUUCGGGCAAACAAGAUUGGGGAACUUAUCAAUCCCCCGGAGUUGCCGAAAGAAUGCAGGGACACUUAUGCGAACGGAUGGACAAGGAAGACUUCAUUCUCAUUGAUGGAGCCGGUCACUGGGUACAGCAAGAACGCAGCAGCCAAGUGGUGAAUCAGAUACUCCGGUUCUUAAGAAAGAACGGCUUUUAAAGUUCAGAAGGGCAGAGGUUGGAUUUUCCAAUACAUAGGUCUUUCCACACGCCGUUCUAUUCAGUAGUGUGAGGUGUGAACUGUAAAUUAAUACAAUUAUUAUACGAAUUCAGAUC